UGAUGAUGAGCGCAAAGGCUAAGACAGAGAGCAAAUUCAGUAGGCGCAUUAAAGCGCCUAUUAGAGUUUUGAUGAGAGCCAGAGAUUUCUACAUCCGGAGCUUGUCGGAUUGCUCCGGGAAAUUCGGGUCCGGCGCGGUGGAUGUGGUCGGCGGUCCGGCGCCGCAUAUUUACUCCCUGCCUAGGAGCUUUAGCGUGGCGUCAUCGGCGUCAAGUGUGGAAGAGGACAUGAGAGAGCUUAUUAGGAUCGCUUCCACGAAAAGCCUCGGGGGGAAGGUGGAGGCGGAAAUUCUCCGGCGCCGGCAGCAGCCGUCGUUGAGGAGUGGUUCAUCUGCCGCCGGAGGAGGAGGAAUGCGGAACGUGUUGCCGCGUAGCCACAGCGUGGCUGUCGGGAGGAUUGACGAGGACAAGCCGUGUGAUUUCGGAGAUAUUAAGGUGGUUCCGGUUGCUUAUCCCAGAAGUAGAAGCUGCGCGGUUUCCGGAAGGAAUAGGAUUCCUUAAGCAAAUCUCUGAUAUAUGAAAAAGAAAAUACUCUGUGGACUUCCAUCUUAUAUUUCCAACUUUUAUUCUUUUACAAAUUUUUAAUGUAGACAUUUUUCUGUGGAUCAUAAUGAAAAUAUAUAAUAUAUUCUUGUUUGUCGCA